CACCAACACACAUCUACAGAGGACGCGCAAUCAUUGGAUUUCCGCAGUCAUGAAGCUAGUUAGGUUCUUGAUGAAGUGCCAGAACGAGACGGUGUCAAUCGAGCUCAAGGAUGGCACCGUCAUAAACGGCACCAUCGCAUCCGUCUCCCCCAAGAUGAACACGGCGCUCCGCGCCGUCAAGAUGACGCCCAAGAACCGCGAGACGCAAACGCUCGAGUCGCUGAACGUCCGUGGCUCGACGAUCCGCUACAUCAUCCUCCCCGACUCGCUGCCGCUUGACACGCUGCUGAUUGACGACGCGCCGAAGCCGAAGAACAAGGCGAGGAAGGAGGCGGAGAGGGGUGGGCGGGGUGGAGGAAGGGGAGGACCCAGGGGAAGAGGAGGACGGGGCAGAGGGCGUGGGCGCGGUGGUCGGGGUUUCUAA